AUGGCACCUGCCAAAUUGCGCAGACAUUUAGAAACUGUACACUCCGAGUCUAAAGACAAGAAUAAAGAAUUUUUUGUUCAUAAAAAAGAACAUUUAUUGGAAAGUCAAAAAAAUAUGUUACAUGUAACACAAACUAUCAAUGAAAAGGCCACGGAGGCAUCAUAUUUAGUUAGCUAUCGCAUUGCACAAGCAGGUGAAGCGCACACUAUCGCUGAGAAUUUAAUAAAGCCAUGUGUGUCAGACAUAACAAAAUAUAUGCUCGAUGAAAAAUCUGCAAGGCAUCUUUCUACUGUACCGCUAUCAAACGAUACUGUUUCACGGCGAAUCCAUGAUCUGGCAAGCUACGUCAAACAAGAACUAGUUGCAUGUCUACAAAAAAUACGAGUCGCCUUGCAAAUGGAUGAGUCAACUGAUGUCACUGGUCUGGCUAUCUUGCUGGUUAUCGUGAGAUAUCCAUAUGAACGUUCUUUUGAAGAAGACAUGCUUAUGUGUUCACCGCUGCCCACAAACACUACCGGGGAAGAAAUUGUUAAUAAAAUAAACAUAUUUUUUUAA